AUGGCCGCGGUGAAGAGAUCCUUUCGAGCGGAAAGCUUGAUACGCAUGAAUACCGGGGCCGACAGUGAUCCGGCCUUUGCCGAAGAACGACGGCAUCAGGAAGUGCUGGCGGAAAUUUCCAGUCUGAGAUCAUUGAUCGGCAAAGGAGCUGCGCAAAAGGGCGACGCACUUGACCCCGAAGCGAUGAGCCAGAAAUUCAUGUCCGAAUUUCGCAAGGAAUUGUCGGAGGCUGCUAAACUGAAGGUCGAGAUCGACGCGAUGUAUGAAGCGAUCGCUCAGACCAAAAAGGAAAUUGCCACCCUGCACCACACCACUGGUUCCAAGGGUGAGGAAAUGACCCGUGUCACCAACGAGCUGGAUGCCGUUGUCGACGGGACAGAAGGGGCGACGGAAAUGAUUCUUUCUGCCGCCGAGUUCAUUGACGAGACCGCCAACACACUUUCGGCUCGUGUCGGCAAAGAGGACUCUGAGCUCGCAAACGACAUUCAGGAAAAGGUUGUUCAGAUUUUCGAGGCCUGUAACUUCCAGGAUCUUACAGGUCAGCGCAUCACCAAGGUCGUUUCGACACUCCGGUUUGUCGAGGACCGCAUCAUGCAGAUGAUGGACAUCUGGGGCGGAAUUGACACCUUCAAGGACAUUGAGCUCGAGCAACGGGAGUUCAAGGAAGGCGACGCGGCGCUGCUCAACGGUCCCGCACUGGAAACCGACAACGAUGUAGCGUCCCAGGACGAUAUCGACGCCCUGUUUGCCUGA